UUUGUUCAGGAAGUGCCGUGGUCUGUGCUGCUGCCAUGAUACUUGGGUUGUUGCGAGGCUCUGUUGGCGCCAUCUACAAUCAGUCUACUUUGUCGGGACAGACACCUAGGUCUUUGCGUCACCUUACUCUAACUAGCGUUAUGAAAUCCAAAAGGAAAAGUGAUCACAUGGAGAGAACUGCAAAUGUCGUUCGCCGGGAGGUUGUGUCCACUGCUAAGGUGUGUGGAGCUGCUACAGAGUCGCCCUCAGUGAAAAGGCUUCGCCUCCUGGUUACUGACAAAGAUUUUUCAUUUAAAGCUGGCCAAUGGGUUGAUUUCUUUAUCCCAGGAGUCUCUGUGGUCGGUGGGUUCUCAAUAUGCUCAAGCCCCAGACUACUAGAACAAGAGAGAAUAAUAGAAUUGGCAGUGAAAUAUACGAAUCACCCACCUGCUAUCUGGAUUCACAACCAGUGUACACUUGACUCUGAAGUGGCUCUGAGAGUGGGUGGAGAGUUCUUCUUUGACCCUCAGCCCAUGGAAGCCUCUAGAAACCUUGUGUUGAUUGCUGGAGGAGUAGGAAUUAACCCCCUGCUUUCCAUUCUGCGGCAUGCGGCAGACCUCCACAGAGAGCGAACAAACAAAGGAAGUGGAUACGAGAUAGGAACAAUAAAACUAUUCUACAGUGCAAAAAAUACCAGCGAACUCCUAUUUAAGAAAAAUAUUCUCGAUUUAGUAAAUGAAUUUCCUGAGAAGAUUGCAUGCAGUUUGCAUGUUACAAAACAGACUACACAAAUCACUGCCGAACUCAAGCCAUACAUCACGGAAGGAAGAAUAAUGGAGAAUGAGAUAAGAGAUCACAUUUCAAAAGACACUGUAUUCUAUUUAUGCGGCCCACCUCCAAUGACGGACUUCUUCUCCAAGCAACUUGAAAACAGCCAUGUUCCCAAAGAACACAUUUGCUUUGAGAAGUGGUGGUAGGGAAUGGGAAAAGGCAGAAAAGACAAAAGAUGUCAAAUC